AUGGCCAGCCCACAGACGCCAGCACUCGAUGCUGAACAGACCAAGGCGCUCUUCAACAUCCUCACCCAUUUCGAGACAUACCACGAAAUAGAAGAUUUCAAGAAGCCAGAGACCGUCUCCAACUAUGGCUACCCCUUCGCCCAGACCCAACCCCAGACCUCCUCCCGUGCCGGUGCCAGCAAUGGGGUCACCUACGCCCCCGAGUCCUCGGCGCCCCUGCUGCAAUCCCUCUUCACCAGGUUCGUCCUGAAGCUGCCGGGCGUCUCCACGCUGGCGCCCGAGUUCUGGAACGUCCAGGUCCAGGGCAUCCUGCGAAACUUCGCCGAGGCCGACCUGUCUGAGAGCUACGACAAAGGCGCCCUGGGUAUUAGAAAGACCCUGGCCACCGCCUCCUCCACCGUCAUCGAGACCGUCGCCCGCGGCAUGAUCGGCGGCGCCCCCUACAGCGACCCGGCGACGCGCCCGGCGACCUACAACCUCGAGAGCGCGAGGGACCUGGCCCAGGCCUGGGACGACGCCAUGCACGACCUCGUCUACGGCGACCUCUGCGACGACCUGCUCGACCACCUGGCCCAGACGGACGACUUUGAGUCGCAUUCGCCCAUGACGCGCGCCGCCAACGAGUACAUCAUCCUCCACUUGGCGAGUCUUGCCCACCAAGUCCUGGUCAUCUCCCCCGAGGGGCAAUACCUCGUCAAGCUCAUGGAGCAGGUCCACAAGAUGGUGCCCUACAAUAUGGUCCGCCAGACCCUCAAGGUCGGCAACGCCGCGACCAUGAUUGCCGGCAUGAUGAAGAUCUUCCUCGCCAAGCUCAGCGUCGGCUCCGUGUCCAACUGGUUCGGAAUCACAAAGGAUGCCGCCGACGGAAUGAACCUUAUGCAGAGAAUCAUUUCCGUCAUUCUCGGCUGGGACUGCGCCGAGUUCAAAAAGACCGUCGACAGGAUAUCCAAAGCCAAGAACCGGCCGAGCAAGGGAGCCCUCGACGCCAUCCGCGCGCACACCGAGUCAUCCCACGGCGACCGCGAAGCAAUCAGGGCCAAGAGCCAGAGCCAAGACAGGUCCAUCAUCGCCGUCAUGCUCGAGACGGCCAACCCGGUCCUGCUGUCGGACAUGAGCGAGGACGAACAUGCAAUGUGCCUGGAAUUCUACGCGGCCCUCCUCGGCAUGCGGGACCGGGAAGAGAUCAUCAGCAUCCUCUGCAAGCAGAGCCCCGACCUGCUCACACAGGCUGUGCGCGAGGCCGUCGCCGGGUUCGACCCCAUCAUCCGCGCCGUCCACAACAAGGUCGACCUAUCGGACCACCUCCGGGACGCCCAGACGUUCAUCGACCAGCUCAUCGCCACGAGCAAGCCGAAGAAGGGCGGCAGGUCCAAGGACGACGCCGAGUCCAUGCCGACCGUCGAGGACUUUGUCCAGCUGUGCAAGAACAACAAGCAGCUGCUCUACAAGUGGCUGCACGCCGUCAGCAAGAACUGCCCGGAGGUCAUGGACCAGUUCCGGGCGUGGGCCAAGGACGCCCUCGUGGCGUUCCACAAGACCGCCAAGGGCGGCGAGAGCAUCGAGGACCGGCUGGGCGGCCUCUUCGGCCAGGUCCCCGAAAAGACCAGGGUGGCGCUCGUGCCCAUCAUCGACGCCCACGCCGCCUACCUGCGCGAGCUGGACGAGCUCUCGCUCGCCCGCAUGCAGGCCAUCCUCGAGGGCGGCUCGGCGAGCAUGGCCGGCCCGGGAGUCUACCUCGUCCGGUGGCAGUCCCUGAUGGACGAGACCCUCAUCACGCCCGCGAGACCGGCAGGGCCCGUUCGUCAGGGGAAGGACGUCAAGUCGGCGGCACCGCUGCAGGGCAAGCGGGCGUCCGGUUCGAGCGACACGAGCCAGGUCGUGGCCGCGGUCCGCAAGAUGAGCAUCUCGUCCCUGCCGGAGGCACCGGACGUAGAGCCCGUCAUCAGAGCGCUGGCGCCCAUGUUCAAGCGGCAACUCGCCAUCUCGUCGAGAGCCAACGGCCCGCGAGUCAACGGGUCUACCUACGAGGAGGGUGCCCCAUUUUGA